AUGGCUGAGCGCGUCAAUUCCAACAUGCUGUUCGCCAACUUCAACCAAGACUUUACGUGCAUCUCCGUCGGGACGCGGAAAGGCUACAGCAUCACAAACGUAGAUCCAUUUGGUCGCGUAUACACGAAGAAUGACGGGGCUAGGGGAAUCGUGGAGAUGUUGUUCUGCACGUCGUUACUCGCGUUGGUCGGUGCGGCGGACCACCCACACUCCAGUCCCCGCAAGCUGCAGAUCGUAAACACGAAGCGGCAAUCCAUGAUCUGCGAGCUGCUCUUCCCCUCCUCCAUCCUUGCCGUCAAGAUGAACCGCAAGACGCUCGUCAUCGUCCUCGAAGUAGAGAUCUACAUUUACGACAUCUCGAAUAUGCGGCUUAUGCACGUUAUAGAGACAACACCGAACCCAGACGCCAUCAUCGCGCUCUCCCCGUCCUCCGACAACUCGUACCUUGCAUACCCCUCGCCAGUCCCCUCGCCCACCUCGCCGCUCGCGCAGCCGUCUGCACAGCCCGCGUCGCCCACCCUCGCUGGCCAGCAGACCGGCGACGUGCUCCUGUUCUCGACGCGCUCGCUGACGGUCGCGAACGUCAUCCAAGCACACAAAUCGCCGAUUUCCUUCCUUGCGAUCAACUCGACGGGCACGCUGCUGGCGACCGCGUCGGACAAGGGUACCGUCAUCCGCGUGUGGAGCAUACCCGGCGCCGAGAAGCUAUACCAGUUCCGCAGGGGCACUCGCGAGACGCGGAUACACUCGAUGAGCUUCAACCUCGUCUCGACGCUACUCGCGGUUAGCUCGGCGCACGAUACCGUGCAUAUAUUCAAGCUCGGCCAGCAGAAGGGCGGCGCGGGCAGUCUGAAAACACCGUCCAGUCCGUCGGAGUCGGUGGACAGUCGGGAAGGGCAGUUGGAUGGAGGCUAUGACGCGUAUGUCGAUAAGAAAAGGGACGGGGGUGUCUCGUCGAGCUUGCGUCGCGGGUCGGCGCGUCUGACGAAGAACCUCACAACUUCCGUCGGCGGAUACCUCCCCAAUACCCUGACCGAGAUGUGGGAGCCGUCGCGAGACUUCGCAUUCCUGCGGCUACCUACGAGCGGUGCACGGUGCGUUGUCGCGCUCAGCGGAACAAUGCCUCAAGUCAUGGUCAUUUCUUCGGAAGGCUACUUCUACUCGUAUAGCAUCGAUCUGGAGAAUGGCGGGGAGUGCUCACUGAUGAAGCAAUACAACCUGCUCGACUCAAGCGACGAAGUCAAUGACUGAUCAAACGAAGCUCGGCAGUCAGGGAUGGAUGGAUCGGAUAUUGCCCUCGAGUUCCUACAGCAUUGCGUGGCGGCCAUUCCAGGUCCAUACUGGGUCUCAUCACGAGUCCGGUGCGUCAUUAUAAUUAACGACACGGUCAUGAUAUGAUAUGAUGGGUGUUGGGGAGUGUCCGGGACUCUGUACAGUAUGCUCUGAUUAGUCGUCGUGUGAUAUCUGCACACAUUAUGGUAUAUCUUGGUUCAUGACAGGGGCUUGAAACCGCGGUACCUGAU